GGGAUCGCUCAAGCCGGCCAGACCUUCCACUGUUCGGUUAAAAUCUCGCUAGGCGGUUCCAUAUGUGGGACCUGCCAUCCUACCGGGAAUAAAAGACACAGUUUUCUCGUCAAGGAAGCGAGGCAGCCAAUCGGCGUCCAGCACUCGGUUGCCUGGCGGCGUUAGCAAGCGGGAAGAAUGUCGGCGACGGGGGUUGCGGCGAGGACCGAGGCUGUCUCACCGGGUGGAGGGGGUUUGGUAGUCAACUGGUCAGGUCAAGGAUUGCAAAAACUGGGCCCAACCUUACCCUGUGAUGCUGAUACUCAUACUCUGAUUCUGGACAAAAACCAGAUAAUUAAAUUGGAACACCUGGAGAAAUGCAGGAAUCUGAUGCAGCUCUCUGUAGCAAACAAUCGUUUGGUGCGAAUGAUGGGUGUAGCAAAACUGACUAAGCUCCGGGUGCUAAACUUGCCUCACAAUAGUAUUGGGUACGUGGAAGGGCUGAAGGAUUUGGUGCACCUGGAAUGGCUGAACUUAGCAGGAAAUAACCUUAAGGCCAUUGAACAAAUCAACUCCUGUCUAUCUCUUCAGCAUCUUGAUUUGUCAGACAAUAACAUAGCUCAAUUAGGCGAUCUUUCCAAGCUUACGUCACUGAAGACUCUGUUGCUACAUGGAAAUAUUAUAACCUCACUUCGCACUGCCCCUGUUUGCCUACCUCAGAAUCUGACUGUUUUUUCUCUGGCAGAAAAUGAAAUCAGAGACUUAAAUGAGGUUUCUUUCCUGGCCUCUCUUCGUCAGUUGGAACAGUUGUCGAUUAUGAACAAUCCUUGUGUGAUGGCCACACCUUCUAUCCCUGGCUUUGACUACAGGCCAUAUAUUGUCAGCUGGUGUCUGAACCUUAAAGUUCUUGAUGGAUAUGUGAUUUCUCAGAAGGAAAGUUUGAAAGCAGAAUGGCUCUACAGUCAAGGUAAAGGAAGAUCCUAUCGACCUGGGCAGCAUGUUCAGCUAGUCCAAUACCUGGCUACUGUUUGUCCUCUUAUAUCUACAUACGGUCUCCAGACUGAAGAGGAUGCCAAACUGGAAAAAAUUCUGAGUAAGCAAAGGCUCCACCAGAGGCAGUUGAUGCAUCAAAACCAAAAUGAAGGACUACCUACAUCUUCUACUCCCAACAAAACACUGCCAGUUACUUUUGAACACAGCAGUCCAGCCCAGCCACCACAGAUAGUUCUUGAAAGUGAACCUAUCAUCCAGAAGAAUUCUUGGGUUGGACCGAGCGGAAAUGAUGAUCAUUCCUAUGCAGUAAAGAACACUUUUCUUCUUGAAAGAAGAUUUCACAAGGAGCUAUACCUUGAAGAUAUACAGACAGAUGAAGACAAACUAAACAGCAGCCUUUUAUCCUCAGAGUCUACUUUCAUGCCAGUUGCUUCAGGAUUAUCUCCUGUGUCUCCUACUUCAGACCUGAAGCUACAUGGAAUCAGUUUGGGCUCGGAAGAUUAUGAUGACACAGUGAUCGAAUGUGUUGGAGAUGUUAAUAGUGGAGAAACAGCUGACAAGCAAGAAGCUUCAUGUGUUACAAGAGAGAGCUCGAGCAGAGCAGUGGGAAGUGUGGAAACUCAAGAGAAUAUCAAAGAGAGUGGGCUGUUGCCUUCUGAUCCAGCAACAGCUAGCCUGACUGCUAACACUAGCAACUGUUCAGCAUCCUCUGAAGACCAAGUUCUGCGCAGUCAUCCCAGCACCUCAGUAGGUGCUGAAUCGGGGGUUACAUCUCUCUGUCCUGAUCAGAUGACAGUAGAAGGUUCUGGUUCACCAGCUGCUGUUGAUCAAGGUGCAGCUGAACUGCAAAGAAUGACCAAAGCAGCUACCAAGCUUCAAGCCUGCUGGAGAGGAUUUUACACGAGGAACUACCAUCCACGAGCCAAGGAAGUGCGUUACGAAAUUCGACUAAACAGAAUGCAAGAGCACAUCAUUUACUUAACUGAUGAAGUAGAAAAACUAAGAAAAGAGAGAGAGGAAGAUAAGAUUCAGAGGCUUGUACAGGAGGAAGCUGUCAGGUUUCUUUGGAACCAGGUGAAGUCCCUUCAACAAUGGCAGCUUUCAGUGACACAAAAUGUAGGUGCCAUGUGGCAACCUGAAAUCCCUUCAGCCAGUACAUUCUGUCCAUCUGAACCAUCUGUUCAAUCAUCCAUACUUGAGCAAGAAACCCCACCAGAUGUUAGUUCUGCUUGGUUGGUUCCAGCUGGUGAUGUUCUUCAGGAAAAGUCUACAUUGCAUUUCCCAGAUUCUGGUUUUCAUUCUGCCAUGGCUGAUCAGACUCAUGCUGGUGACUCGUGUAGCUCUGAAAAGAGUUUAACAGAAGGAACUGAGAGCUCUCUUUCAGUGGAAACUGUCAGACCAUGUAGUAAUCCUGUUUCUGCGUAUUCUUCAGAUGUAGAGGAUGGCCGUGGAGAGCAAAGUAAAGAGAGCUCUAGUAGUGAGCAGGACAACAGACUGUUACAACAGUAUUUGAAAUCUGUUCAGCAACUGGAAGAGGCUGAUGAAGGGACAAAUUGCAAUGAUGAAACAGAGGGUAGCUGGCCACAAAUUGCUCUUUCAGCAGAAAGCCAAGAUUCUUCAUCUGAUGGUGUCUCUGUAGAUCUUCCUCAAGACACAUCUUCCCCUGCCCGAGGUGAAAUCAGUCAGACACCAGAAAGCUGCAAACUGAAUUCGGGAAUAGUAGAAGGGAAGCAAGCAGACUGUGAUUCUUCAUUUCAGGUGUUGCAUGUUGGGAUAGCUGUAUAGUAGUCUCAGUUCCACAAAGGACAUGGGCUUCCAUUUAACUUUGUUUUUCUUUUUGCCAUUUAUACAAAACUUAUUUUUAAUGUAUGCUGUUUCAGAUUUUGACUCAUGUUACUAAUUUAUGUUUUAAUUACUAUUUUGUUGAUGUUGCUGAGGACUGACACUAUGCUAACCUGAAAUCAGCAAAGUUCUCAGUGACAGUCAUUAUGCACUUUAUUUUAAAACAUAAAACUGAUAUCCUAAUAACUGGCUUCCAUUAAAUUAAUUCUGAAGAUUGGGAAUGGGCGGGGGAGGGGUGUUUGCUGUAAAUUCACUCUGGCGAGUGUGUUAGCAAGUAUUUCAAUUUUUUUCUUAAAAGGAGGAUUGAGUUAUUUCAAAGAGAAGGAAACAAUAUGGGAAGAAAUUGAGUCAAUAUAGGCAGUGUGUGUGUGUGUAUGGAUACAGCCUGAUGAGACAGGUGAAAGCAGUUGCCUUUCAGGCUUCUUUUGACUUUAACAAGAAUAGUUUGGUCAGUGUUUCAAAGAUGCAUUCCAUGAAACUGGUGUCUAAGUCAGUGACUUCUUUUUGUCAUUUACUUGAAGCUGCUGGCUAGGAAUUAGGUCAUUUUCACACGCACUGAAACAAGGACUUACUGCAUUCAGACCUUAGGGAGCUUCAAACAAACUUUCACCUUUGUUUGCCCUGGGGUCGAAUUUCCCCACUUUCUCAGGUAAGACUUAAAGUGGAACCAGCAGCAGCCUUUACUAAAUACACGUUUCAAAAGGGCGUGUGAUUUGGGAACAUGGUUUCCAAGACCGCACUGCUGAGUUACAGCAGCAGGCUUGGUGACACAUCUUUUGCCUCCACCAGGAUGCUAAAGUCACUGGGAUUUGGAUCUGCAUGGCUUUCAAUACAUUAAUGUGUUUGAUGAAUCACAACUACUUCUGUCUACAGGUAUAAAUAUUAAAAGCAAAUGCCAUGACUUAAAACCAUUCUUUGACAUCAGGUUUGUUGUGUUCUUCUCUGUAUGCCCAGUAUUUGACAUUCUGAUGAUAAGUAGAUGAAAAGCUGUAUUUCUUCCCUGUUGGCAAAUGUGCUAAGUUACCUAGGCUAUGGUUUCCGCUUAAACACUGGGCAAGCAAUAGCAUUUAUAUCUUGCCUAGCCAUUGCUGUGUUGUUUUUUUAAUGGAAAAAAGAUCAGGUAUCUCAGCAUACUGCAAAAGUUGCAAGGGAAAUCUGGUUUGCCAUGUGAUUUGUGAUAGAAACUGAUAGAAGUUGAUAUUGUGACUUCUAAAGGUUAGUUCAGUUUGCCAGUACUGUGUUUUGCAACGUGCACUGCAAGGCCAGUGUUUCAAUAGUUUGCUAAUAUUAACUUCUCAGAUAUAAAGACACAUGCAUGUUAUAAUUCUCAGAAUCUACAGGUUAACUUAUGGUGCUAUAGUGUCAUUAAAAUCAGCUGGUGCUGUUUUAAAGUGACUCUUAUGGCCAUGUUACCAUGUUAAAUAAUAUAAUUUUUGUAGAAGCCUUGGUUGCUUGUCUACUUUAAGUUAUGAGCUGAAAUUUACCACUACUCAGGAGUUUGGCAUGAGGCCAGUAUCCGCUUGGGGCCUCAGAAUAGACUUUAUUUAGAAUAUAAAUGGUGUAAUGGACUUGUACCAGUCAUCUGCCCAGUGGUGAAGUUCACCUUGGAAGAAUAAAGCUUGCCUCUGUGUAUAGAGUAGCCAUCAUCUCUUUUUCCCCAUCCUUCAAAAAAACGAGUUCUAGAGCACUGACUUCUCAAAAGAGCUGUCGCUGCAGUCAAGCUGACAUUUGACUGUGCCUUGCAUACAUGAGAGCAUCUUAAAAAAAGACAGGACAACUGAGGUGGUAGAUUCUUAACGUGCUAUUUUUUCAACUCAGUCUAAUUACAGCACAUUUGUAGCAUAACCAUAUUCAUAGUUACAUCACAGACCAUGAGCGUGCAUGGGUAUCAAAAGUGGUACAGGUGCAUUAAUGUGUCACAACAUCUAAUUAACUGUGCAAAGAAGCAGGUAGUCUACACUAUCAUACCCUUGUCCUCUGAAGGUUCUCAACUUGGAUUUAAAUCUGCCAUGCUUGGAGAUCUCAGCAGUUCAUAGGAUUUGGCUCUUUGGUUGUCAAUCUGUUAUAAAAAAAGCUUGUGUAAACCUUUAAGAAGACUUUUUUUGGGGUUUGAGAAAAAUUAUUCCUCUCUAUGAAACAGUGGUUGGACCUUACACUCUGGAGGCAGUGGUUAGGUAUAAUAAAUGGUCAAUUCUUUUUUUGUGGCAGAGUGCUGUAUUAGUAUAUGCAAGACCUGGAAGAAACUAAAUCACUAUCUUGAUAAAAAUAUUUUACUUGCUGGGUGACUCUGUAUUUUGCUGUUUUGUGUUAUUGUCACUUGUGCUGCAGGUUUGAAGGGGGAAAACUUGGUGAAACUUAAACAUCUAGGGCUUCCAUGAAAAAUUAUUUACAUUUCCUUUGUUAUUAGGGCUUGCAAACAGAAACACAAGAUGACUUAUUUUAAUUAAUGCCUAGGUCAACUCUUGGCUUUUUUUAACUUGCAGCCUGCAUAUCCGAAAAGGUUUCUAUGAAUGUAUAGCAAACUUCGUAGCAACAUAUAUUCAGCUUUAUCUCUCUUUUUUGAGGAAGCUAUGAAAGAUGAAAGGUGGUUUUUUUUAAUGUUCUGAAAAGUAUCUUGCAUGUGGAGAAGAUGAGUUGCCUAAAUAUACAGAAAUCACAAAGAAUACUGACGUUUUGGAUUAGUUUUUAUGGGGUUAAGUGUAAUUAGGUUGUAUAUACACAAAAUAUUCUCAUCCCAACCAUUAAAAUACAUACGGAGAAAGACAUAAUGGGAGGGAUAAGGAAUCAAACUGGAUAUAUGCUUAAAAAUGGCUUCUUUAAGUCUGCUUUGAGUCAUGAUAUGAAAAUAUCGUAGUUUAAUAUAUGGCAUAACAUUUAGUCUUUGUGUAAGCUUUCUUAAUCUAGGUACAUAAUAUUACUUUACCUGGAUAGGGAUGCACAGCUCCCUUUGGAGAUGAUUGAAAUUUUUUAAAGGAAUCAGAAGGCCUAAUAUAUGAAAAUCCAUGUCUGAAGUUUUCCUGUGUUAAUAUUGUGUGUCUUUCAGCAUUUUCCUUUUGCAAGGUUUCAUAUUCAACACAAGAACAUACUUUGUAGGAGGAAAGCUUGUUUGUUUCAGUUUGUCCUGGGCUGACCCUCCAGUGCUGAUGGCAGAGAUUACUAAUGGUUGGUUGUCAGGCAAUGUUGUCAGCUCUGCUGUCAGUACAGUUUUAGCACUGCUUUAGUUUGCUUCAGAAAAAUCAACUAAAUAUCUCUGACUAAUUAUUUAGACUGUGCCACACAGCUGGUUUUGCCCGAAAUGAGGCGGCUGGCACAUGCAAACCUCUUUCAACUGGUCUAUAGCAGAAAUUACUCUUCUGCCUGCUUUUCUGGAGGUAGGGACAAGGGGGAAGGAGGAAAUGCGUUUGUCUGCUUUUUCAGGUUUAGUCUGUGAUAGCAAUCAUGAAAGAGUUGGUAUUACCAUUUCAGUUUUCUCAAUUAUUUUUAUAUUUCUUUUAAUCAAGAAUGCAUUUUCUGCUGUAUGUGAUAUUUUAUAGACACUGUUCCAGAUGGUAUUUGAAAGGGAGAAGAAUAUAAUGAAAGCAGGCCUGUUCACAUUUUGUAUCUCAAGGGGUUUUUUAAGGUGUUUGGAUUGUAUUGACUCCUCUCUGUUAGAUAACUUCUUUACAAAAGAAAAACACAAGGCAAUGCCUCAUUGGUGAGAGUAAAUUUAUAUUUCUGCCUUCUUCCAUGAACUGAGCUUAAUGGUCACAACUCUGUUUUUAAUACCUAAAACUGUCAUUGAAAUGAAUGGGAGAUUUAGCUGCUGAAUGAAUACAGCAACUGUGAUGUUUGAUUUUUUUGUUGUUGUUGUUUGUUUUCUUUUUUUUUGAUGACUGUUCCUGUGUGGUGCUAUUUUGUAAACAAAUUAUAUGUGGCAAGGAUGGAAUCUUUAAAACUUACCAAACAUUGGCCUAACUCUGCUUUCAUUUCCUUACAAGAAGCAGAAUCAUUCCUAAGCUGAAUCCUUGUGAACUGGCUGUCGAAAUUGGGAUUUUAUCAUAUUUACAUCUCCGAAAGUGUUCUUAUACCACAAACCAAGAAGGCAUUAAGACUGCAGAUUUUAUGCUGUUGCUUCUAAAACACAAGUAUCUUUCAGCAAAUACUUGAGAAUGUCCUUGUUAAACUAAAUUGCAAAAGCCUGUUUGUUUAUAGUUAAGUUCCUUAAACCAUAGAUCCUACUAUUUGCAUGCAGCAAUGUAAAUAAUGCACUUAGCAGCCAGUUUGUCUGUAUAUAGAGAACAAGUAUGUGUAUUUUUUCUCAAUAAUAUUUGUAUGUCAUUGAGCUUGCAAAUUCUUCCUGUUUUUUAUGGAUUUGUAUAUAUUGUCUGUAGAACGCAAAUCUUAAUUUCUACUUCUAGCAGGUGGUUUGAACAAAAAAGUGAAAGAUACAUUCCUUUGAGACUACCUGGGUACUUUUCACUGGACUUGAAAUUACAGUGUGUGUCUCGCAUAAAUACACUUUUACCUGAGAGGAUAGAAUUGUAGCACUUAGUGGAGACUGGCUAAAUGACAAUAAAAUAUAAAAACUGGUCAGUUCCCCUGCUUUUAGCUGGUAUAAAAGAGACUUGGUGUUUUUCAUGUUGUAUUAACUUUUUUUCCUUGAGGACUGUGCCAUCCAAAUAAGUAAGCAGCACGUAUUCAUGAAGUCUUUCAGAAAGUCUUUUUUCAUAGUUGGUUUGAUUUCCACCCCGCCUCCUGUUUGGCUUUCUAGGACAGGUUACUGAGAAACACUUGCAUUCUAUAUGCCUGCCAAAAAGUUGGGACUUCCUGCCUAUUUUUAAGUGCUUUCUUUAUGUUGGUAGUGGAAGAAGCACAGGAUCCUUUACUUGCAAAAGCAUAAAACAGUAUUUAUCAGGAAAGGUGCUUUAUCUCUUGGGAAGUGCCACACCAAAUUUUAUUGUGUAAGAGCUCUCAUUAAGAAACUUUUUUUCGAGCUUCAUUACAUUUAGAAGUAUAUGGGCCAAAUUCACCUGUAGCAUAAUUCUACUGAAUCAACUUUUUUUUGAGUCUUUCACAGUAGUAUUCUACCUCUAAACUAGAAUCUGGAAGAAAGAACAAUUAGGCAAUGUUUUGUCUUUCUACUUCUCACUAUUUUCUGUAAAGAAUGGUGGGUGGUUAAACUGGUACAGUUCGUAUAUUUUCUAUAAGUGUGUACAUUUCUGGUUUUAUUGUUCCUUAAAUAUUUUGUUUGUAUCUCUGAGUUUUGACUUUCAAAUAAAUUAUUUGUACGUUUAUUGAAAACA